AUGUGGCGGUGUGGCUGGGCGGGGCGUGGCUGGCGGGGUGGCAGCGCUGGCGGGUGGCAGCGCUGCCGGGGGCGUGGCUGGGCGGUCUUGGCGGCUGGUAGCGCUGGCGUGUGGCGGUGUGGCUGGGCAGGCUUAGCGGGUGCGCUGAGCGGGCUGGCAGCGCUGACGGGAGUGUGGCUGGGCGGGGUGGCUGGCAGCGCUGGCGUGUGGCGGUGUGGCUGGGCAGGCUUAGCGGGUGCGCUAAGCGGGCUGGCAGCGCUGACGGGAGUGGCUGGCAGCGCUGGGUGGCUGGCGGGUGGCAGGGCGGAGGUGCUGGCAGCGCUGGCGGGUGGCAGCGCUGACGGGAGCGGGUGGCUGUGUGCGCUGGCGGGUGCGUGGCUGGGCAGGGCUGGGCGGUUUGGCAGCGCUGGCGGGCGGGCAACGCUGGCGGGUGGCAGCGCUGACGGGGGCAUGGCUGGGCGGGCUGGCGCGUAG